GACGUACUCUCUUGUAACACAAGUGAACAAAUUUGAGUCAAACUUUUCGGUCAUGUGUUAUUUCAAGUUCAGUGACACAUGAUAUGUUGUGCAAUGUAUUUCUUUUUUUUUUUUUUUGAGUUAGAAGUAAGAAAUAUUACAAGACACCACAGCGGUGCGUCGUUACAACAAUGGGAGGAUAAAAUAUACGUGGGAACAAAACAUUAACGUGAGAAAACACGUGAAAUUGUAACGCGGUGCGAAACGUAUCAAAGUUUCGAUCGAGAUAGGAAAGUUGCGAUACCUGAUCGUCGCGGAAAGUUUUUGAAUCUUGCGUCAAGGAAAACAAAAGCUUUCGACGUUGCCGCCUGACUAGAACUAAUGCUAUACUCCUGCAAAAACUCUCUUACAACAAGAACACGACCGAUCGCGAAGAGGAGUUAUAUUCAGGUCGGAAACGCGCGUGAACACGCUUCUUCGUUCCCACGCUUAAAUAAUCGUUUCGCGGUGUCGCCCCGGCUGCGUGCGCAAUAAUUGCAAAAUCGGAGAAUAUAUUGCGGUCUUUGCACUUUAUCCGCACAGAAUGUGAGUCACGUCGCUUCAGUCAGACGGAUCGCGUGCAAUUUCCAACGAAAUGUUAUCAACUGGCGUGUCAAUGUGCUAAUUUCUGAAAAUCGCACGUUGUGAGAGAAAAAUACGAUCAUGCAUCCGAGCGUAAUAUUCUUCGUGACAUUGAUGGGCCUCGUCGCUCCCGAGAAUAUUCUAAUGACAGAGGUCUUUGUCAUUCCCAUUAGACCGGAGAUUUUCGACUGGAGCGCAGACGGAUAUUCCGAUCAGUUUUCCUACCAACCCUCCUUGCUGAACGCCCCUGAUCUCCCGUCGUGGAUACAUUACACGUACAGCAAGAAGGACCAUCACGGUUUUCUCUAUGGCGUCGCGCCCAAAGAUCAGAAGUACUUCCAGCUGGAGAUCGUGGGUUUGAACAAGCACACCUACGAAACUCGCUACAGGGUCCUCGACAUGAACGUGCUCGAGCGAGAGAAUCUGACGAAGUACGAGGUGCAUCUGAAGAUCGACAAUCUCAACGUAGAGGACAUGUUAGAUCGCAAUCGCACCGAGAAGCUUCUCGACAUAUUUAGGAAAAAGUUGUGGAAAAACGCGGCGGAUCUGUACGUGACAUUUCUGGCGUCCGCAAUCGAGCUCGGGGCUCGUUUACCUCUCAAGCCCAGCGAAGGUGAGGGCGUUGUCGUGAGAUUGGGCAGCACGACGCCGUUUUCGCAGGAACUAAACGAAUUGCAGGAAGAGGUGAAACCGUUGUGGAAAAUGCCAUCCUGUCCCCGAGAUUUCAAGAGGACCAGCGUGGAGAUACUCUUCCGCGAGGCCGAGUUCACAUUGGAUUGGUGCUCCUUCAGAUUACUCGAGAACGAUCAGCAAAGUCCUCAGCAUGAAAGUGCACGGCAAGGUCCCAGUACGAGCGUCGUGGGUCUGCCGUCGUCGGGCCUGUCCGAGCACACGGCGUGGCAUUGGGCCCGUUCGACCAAGAGUGGCGUACCCACGAGGAAUUACUUCGAGGAAAUUGCCAUCCUGGUCUUCAUACCGAGCGUUCUGCUCCUCGUUUUGGGCACUCUGGUCAGCAUCGUGCUCUGCUUGCAUCACGAAAAAAUGACGGAUCCGGAAUCGGACGAAUAUUUCGACGAACUCUUUAAUAUUUUCCUUAUGAGAAAAACCGUCAGCGAGAAGCGAGAACUCACGCCCGUGGAGGGAGUCGGAAACAACGGGAUACAAAUGGUGCAGUACGCGAUGCCGGAGAGAGGCACCUUAAAAUCCCUGUCGGCUCAUCCCUCGAGUCCGAAUGACUCUCUGUCGAGAAGUCCAAGAAUCUCCGGCGAACGUUGCAAUCCGUACAUUCGUCCGAAUCCGCCGCCUUACACCGGACCGAGUACUUUCGCCAGUUUGCGUGCCGAUUUCUGACUACACGAGCAGCCCGCGAAGACGUGGUUUUGCUGAAUGAAUAUCGUUUCGCGGGUGGCUUUUCAAUUAGAGUGACGUCCCGAGACAUACGCCGAGAAAUGCAAACUCAUCGAAACCGGCACCGAAUUUGCAAGUUGAAUCAGAUAUUAAAUAUGCGCGUCACUUAUAGUUAUCGGUAUAAUAAUUACGUAGUUGCGUCACACUUUCUACGUAAAGUAGCGUUGUGUUUUGCCGAUAUGUUAACUGGUUUUUUUAAGAAAAAUAAAUCUAUUUGCAACGAGAAAUGUUUGCGACGCCUGUUGAUCGCGAGGGGAAGAAGUUUUCUUCCACAAAAAUGACUGUGUACUUUUAGACCGUAGCGAUUUAUAUAUAUAUAUAUGUAUAAAUUGUAUACUCGACUCGAUGUGCAAUUUGUGUUUUAUAUAGCAGCGCUCGACGCAUUUGUAUCGAAAAGAUAAAGAUGUUUAA